UGCUAAUCCGGAUUCCUGGAUAUUAUCCUCUGUCUGUUCAAUUCCUUUACCCUCCCUUCCCCCCAAUACUCUCCCCAAUGCGCACCCUCAGCAUUGCAAUCGCCUUUUUGGCGCUCUUCACAGGGCUCUACAAGUACCUGGACGCGCGCCUGGAGCAAUUCUACAUCUUCGACCCAGCCCAUUUGCACGAUCUGUCCCAGCGUGCAAUUGCUGCACACGGAAAUGACACUCGCUCUAUUGUCCAGUAUAUUGUUUCCGAAUUAGACGAGAAGAUUCCCGGUACCCACCUGAACAUGGACGAGGAAUGGGUCUUCAACAACGCGGGUGGUGCGAUGGGUGCCAUGUACAUUAUUCACGCGAGUAUCACCGAGUAUCUGAUUAUCUUCGGCACCGCGAUCGGAACUGAAGGCCACACCGGUCGCCACACCGCUGACGACUACUUUAACAUUCUCCAAGGCACCCAGCUCGCCUACGUCCCCGGCUCCUACGAGCCUGAAGUCUACCCUCAGGGCUCCGUCCACCACCUCCGCCGCGGCGAGGUUAAGCAAUAUAAGAUGGAUUCGUCGUGCUUUGCUCUGGAAUACGCCCGUGGCUGGAUCCCUCCCAUGCUUUUCUUUGGCUAUGCGGAUACUUUCUCGAGUACUCUAGACUUCCCUACCCUGUGGGCUACCUCCCGUAUCACCGCCCGCGAGAUGAUUGCCAACGCUCUGAAGGGAAAGAUGUAAGGGACACCACACAUCGGGAUGCUAAAAAGCAAUUGGAUUAAUGUGCACUGUAUUAUUAUAUAGUUAGAUAUCUAUGUAUAAUGAUUAUAAUUAACCUUAUUA